AUGUCAUCUGCAUUUAACAUCCAUCCUUCACCUUCACCUCCAAUGCUCGGUAGCCCGAAAAGAACACACUUUAUCUCAUUCUUGACCUCAAAACCAGUUUCUCACAGCAGCAGGAGAAAGCCAUUCAUCCCAAAAUCGGCCCUCUCAACAGUAAGUCCCGACCCCAAAAUCCCUCAUACGGUUCAUAGAUUCUGGCAAUGGCUGAAAGACGAAGGAAUAGUGUCGGCCAAGACGCCGGUCGAGCCGGGGGUCGUGCCCGAGGGCUUGGGGCUCGUGGCGACUCGGGCCAUUGCGAAAAACGAGGUCGUGUUGGAGGUGCCCAAGAGGCUGUGGAUCAACAAGAGUGCUGCUGAGGCCUCGGAUAUCGGAAUUGUUUGUUCCGGGUUGAAACACUGGAUUGCUGUUGCCCUGUUCCUGCUGAAUGAGAGGUUUAAGGGGGAGGGGUCUAAGUGGAAAUAUUAUAUUGAUGUUCUUCCCAAGGGUACUGAUUCGACUAUAUAUUGGUCAGAAGAGGAGCUUCUUGAGAUUCAGGGAACUCAACUACUGAGGACCACAUUGGGUGUGAAAGAGCAUGUCGAGAAUGAGUUUCGUAAAGUGGAAGAGGAAAUCAUACUACCGAACAAGCAGUUAUUCCCGUUUUCUAUAACAUUGGAAGAUUUCAUGUGGGCAUUCGCAAUUCUCAGAUCAAGGGCAUUUUCUCGUCUUCGUAAUGAAAAUCUUGUUGUUAUCCCCUUUGCCGACUUGUUGAACCACAGUGCCAAAGUAACCUCUGAAGAUCAUGCUCGUGAGGUUACCGGAGCAGCAGGUCUUUUUUCAUGGGACUCUCUGUUUCAAGUAAAGAGCCCUUUAUCUCUCAAGGCUGGUGAGCAGAUUUAUAUUCAAUACAAUUUGAAGAAAAGCAAUGCCGAUAUGGCUCUCGACUAUGGGUUCAUAGAAGAAGGAUCAGAUCGUGAUGCGUUCACUCUCACGCUCGAAGUGUCAGAGUCGGACGAGUUUUUCUCGGAUAAGUUGGAUAUAGCCGAGCAAAACAGCUUUGGACAAACCGCAUAUUUCGACAUAAAGUAUGGGCAACCACUCCCGACGGGCAUGCUUCAGUAUCUGAGGCUGGUGGCACUUGGAGGAUCUGAUGCUUUUUUAUUGGAGUCCAUUUUCAGAAACUCGAUUUGGGGUCAUCUUGAAUUGCCCAUCAGCCGUUCGAAUGAAGAGCUCGUAUGUAAAGUUGUUCGUGAUGCAUGCAAAUCUGCACUGUCUGGUUAUCAUACCACCAUUGAAGAGGAUGAAAAGCUCAAGGAGGAAGGAAAACUGACUCCAAGGCUUCAAGUGGCAAUUGGGAUAAGAAGAGGUGAGAAAAGGGUAUUGCAGCAAAUUGAUAAUAUAUUCAAAGAGAGGGAAUCAGAGUUGGAUAUUCUUGAAUAUUACCAAGAAAGAAGGCUCAAGGACCUUGGCCUGGUUGGAGAGCAAGGUGAAAUCAUUUUCUGGGAGCCUAAAUAA